GAAGGAGAUGCUGAGCCAGAGCCCGAACCUGAUCCGGAACCGGAACCUGAGGCUGAGUAUGAUGAUUACGAGGAAGAGCCUCAAGAAAUUGAAGAAGAAGAGCCGGAACCGGAUUACGAAGAUAACGAAGUGGAAGAACACGAGGAGCUUCAGCUACCAGAAGAGGAUGAUGAAGGUCCAGUCGUGGAAGAGCAAGCUGUAGCAUCUUCAACCAAUGCAGAAGAGCCAGGAGAAGGCGGUGGUGGUGGAGGAGGAUUCGGAAGUCUUGUGAAAGGUGCCCUGGACGGUUUUGGAGGCUCAAACUUUGGCGACAUCAUGAACUCAAUAAGUGAGAUAGCUGGUGGACAAGGAGGUAAGCAGGUUUUGUCUUAG